AUGAGGCGGGCCCCGAAACCCGAUCCAAUUCUGAGCCCAAAUGCAAAUUUUGGGCUGUUGCGGCCCAGUGAAAGAACUUCGGCUUCGUCUUCGACUCACCACCCAAAACCCUCUCUCGCGCCUCCUCAAAUCUCUUUCCCUCUCGUCUCCCGCGCCGCGCGCCACCUCUCCGGCGACUUCUCCGGCGACUUCUCCGGCGACCUCGGGCUCCCUCAGUCAACGGUUAGUGGUUCCUCAUCAAAUUUUCCUGAUUCUACUUCAAGGCCUUUCUCAACAUCAUUUUCUAGUCAAUCUGCAACUACUCCGGGUUUUCACGGGGCAGGUGGUCCCAACGGUUCAACAAGAUUGACGGAAACUUCAACAUUCCAUAUCCCAAGUUCUCUUGCAUCGAGAGACAUAGCAAUGACCGGUGUUCCCUCAAGUGGUGUUCCUCAACCUGGUGGGAGCAUUUCCAGUGGGAGGUUUUCACCAAGCAAUAUUUCCUUUGCUCUGUCUCAGAUUUCACAGGGAAGUGCACACGGGUACACAGGGAUGACAAAUGGAGGGGGAAUCAAUAUUGUAGGUAAUCAUGCUUUUAUCAGUAACAUGAGUGGAGUUGGUGGUUCAAUUUCUGGGAUUUUCUCAGCCUCUGCUACUGCUGCUGGCGACCGCAGUACUGUUCCUGGCUUGGGUAUAUCACCCAUUUUAGAUAAUGUAGGUCCUCAAUUGGCGAGCUCAUUGGGAAAUAUUGUGGGUGGUGGGGCCAACACUGGAAGAAGCAUAAAUUCCGUUGGUGGUCUUGCUUCACGUGUAAACUUAGCAGUGAACAGUGGAUCUAGGAGCCUCAAUGUACAAGGGUCUAACGGGCUGAUGGGUGGUAUGCUACAACAAGUCCCGCAAAUGCUUGGAGUGCUUGGGAACUCUAAUACUGCAUCUGGUGGAUCGUUAUCUCAGAACCAAGUAAGAGGAGCCAACAAUUCACCCAGUUCGAUGGGGAUCUUAAAUGAUGUGAACUCUAAUGACAAGUCUCCCUUUGACUUGAAUGAUUUUCCCCAAUUGACUACUCAACGGAGUUCGAUGGGAGGUGCACAAGGACAAAUGGGGUUGACACGGAAGCAAGGGGUCGGUGUUAGUUCUAUUGUCCAACAAAGCCAAGAAUUUAGCAUCCAAAAUGAAGAUUUUCCAGCUUUGCCUGGAUGCAAAGGUGGUUGCUCAGAUUUUUCCUCAGAUAUGCAUCAGAAGGAACAUUUCCAUGAAAACGUGCCUAUGAUCCCUUCACAGCACUUCCCUAUGGCAAGAUCUGCUGGAUUCAUCUUAGGAGGACCUUACCAAUCCAACCAUCAACAGCAGCAGCAGCACGCUGCUACAGUUAGUAGUUCUGGGGUUACUUUCUCAACAGGAAACAACCAAGAUUGUUUCCAGUUACAUGGCUCCAAUCUUUUUCCAUCCUCUUACGGAACAUAUCAUUCUCUGAUUCAAAAUGGUGGGCCUUCUAGCAUUGUAAUGAGACCACUAAGCUCUCCAAACCAAGUUUUUAAUUUGGGAGCAUAUGAACAGCUCGUUCAGCAGUAUCAACACCAGCAUAACCUAUCUCAGUUUCGGCUGCAAGAGAUGUCUGCCGCUGCCCAACCGUAUAGGGAACAGAGUCUUAAAUCCUUGCAAGGGGCACAAUUUGCUCCAGAUCGAUUUGGUUUGCUUGGUUUAUUAGAUGUUAUCAGGAUGGGUGUCUCAGAACUUGCAUCCCUUGCUUUAGGAAUUGAUUUGACUACUUUGGGUUUGAAUUUGAGCUCAUCGGAUAAUCUAUAUAAGACAUUCCAUUCGCCCUGGUCUGAUGAACCUGCUAAGGGCGAGCCACAGUAUUCCAGUCCAAGUUGCUACAGUGCGCACCCACCAUCUCCACUACAGGAAGGAGAUUUCUCGAAGUUUGAUCUUGGAACUCUAUUUUAUAUUUUCUACAGCAUGCCUAAGGAUGAAGCUCAGCUUUAUGCUGCCUCAGAACUAAUUUCGCGGGGAUGGCUUUAUCACAAGGAGUAUCAAUUAUGGUUUACGCGCGUGUCGGAACCUCUCGUGAGGACCAACACAUAUGAGAGGGCAUCCUAUCAUUGUUUUGAUCCGAACUCAUGGGGGACGAUUCGGAAGGAUAAUGUUGUCAUUUAUUUUGAGGCAGUGGAGAAAAAACCAACACCUUCAACAUUAACAAAAUGCUUUGCGUGUUAAUUGCUCUUGCAUGUUUUUUUUUUUGGUGAUAAUUUAUAGUGUUUUAUUCGUCAUUUUUCCUCCAAUGUUAUUGUUUCCUUGAACUCUUCUUAUGGGCUAAUUGAAGUUCGUAUUAUUAUGCCAAGAAA